AUGGCAGCCGCGAAAGUAUUCGACACGGUAGAACUCUUGGAAGCAAUCCUACUCGAACUCCCAAUCCGCGACGUGCCGCUGGCUCAGCGCAUCGCGCAAACCUGGCAGCAGACCAUCAACGGCUCUAUCAAGCUCCAGCGGUCACUCUUCCUCAAACCCGCCUCAUACUCCAUCUCGAAGAGCAGCAGCAUGCAGUUCGUAGACCUCAACACACCCUGCUCCACCAUUCUCCAGUACGCAGGACCUCAAACGCUUCUAACAAGCAUCCUCCCAAUCACGAAGUCCUCAACAAAAACCCCCACGGUCCUAAAUUUCGACCAUAAGCCUCGCAAAUCAAAUCCAAACCCCAACAACGAAAACUCCGCCUGGAAAAACAUGCUCCUAACCCAACCCCCUCGCACCACAGCGCACUUCUUCAAAAACACCACAAACGGCCCCUGCAUACCGACAGAAGAAUCCAUGAAUUUCCACCCACGCGACGAUGGCCAAAGGACUCAUGUAGGAGCUGCGGCAGUCAUCACCCAAGGAAACAUCUUCGAUUUAAACGCCCGACUUCGUCAACAUCACUGCCGCUAUCCUGUGCUGAAUCUCCACUCAUUGAACGUGAGUCUUGUCGUCGAUCCAGCGAUGUCCAAGAAGCGGCAUCUAGUUGCUCGCUUUCUCUACGGCUUGGGUGCAAACGAGGCUCACCAUGCGUCUUUGGCGGUGAAGGUGCAAGACUUCAUGGCAUAUCUUGAAAUCGAUGCAGAAGGUAGAGGUCCAUUCUCUGCAAAAGACAAACGAUCCGUUAAAAACGCCCUAAAGCAUCUAAGGUUUGGCCUCCGAAUGAAAGAGUAUGCCGCUUUGAUGGACGAUAUCAAGGCACACAACGCUCAGCUCUUUCAGCUUACGACGCAGAACGCAGCUCUCGAACCGCUUCGGGAAAGAACCACGGCCGUGAAGGCCCCAGACCACGAGAACGCAAGAGCGGCCAGUCUGUACAUGAAACCCGUGUCUGGCCGCGGCGCACGAGUUGGGCGGGUUGGAAAUUCCACUUGUGACAAUAUCUUUCGGAUAGUCCUGCAUCAUGAUUCACCUCGCCGCCAGCUCUUCGAGGCAGGGCCAACCGCUGAAGGGCAGGAAAUUCAAGACUUGUGCAGCACUCUUCGACACUUGCGCGCCACGCGAGUACAGUGUGCCAUAUGUUUGGGAUACAUGAGCGAUAAGAUCCAGAGCUGGCGACACGGGCUUUCCCGGCCAGAGAAAGCUCUCGUGGAAGCCGACUCGAUCAAAGCAGUCUCGUUGGCAGAGGUGGUCGCGGGGAAACGGAACUGCAGACUCUCGCCAUCCGAGAAACGAAAGCUUGCGUUGGCGUUGGCCGCUGGCAUGCCUCGAUUAUAUGAUACGCCUCGCCUGUCCAAGCAGUGGGGUCGAGAUGAUGUGCUUCUAUUUCGCAAGCACGGCCUAUUAGUGACAGGAGUUCCUUUCGUGCCUACUGCGUUGCUACCUCAGACGGCAGGACUCUCUUCGAAGAACGCCAAAUACUUCCACACAUGCAAUUUGGUUCGGAAUGAGACAGUGUUUGCAUUCGGAAUCCUGCUUCUCGAGCUUUGCAUGGAAAGAUCUCUUGAUGAGCUCAGAGCAUCCGAAGACGUAGGAUCCGAUUGGACAAAGGAUGGCACUUCUGACUUCCUGACUGCGACGCGCCUCAUCAAUCAAGUUUACGAGGACGCUGGUGAGAGGUAUGGGAAUGUCGUGAGCAGAUGCAUUUUGUGUGAAUUCGACCAGAGAGAUACGGAGUUGGAAAAUGCAGCAUUUCGCAGAGCCUUUUAUCAAGGUGUGGUAAAGGAACUUGAGUUGGAAGAAGAAUCCUUGGGUCUGUAG